AUGUGGGAUCCGGAACUGCAACUGGCGUGCGAUCUCAACGUCAACAACCCACUGGCUCUCGAGAACACGCGCAUGAUUAAGACAUAUGUCCAGAUCGACGAGCGAGUACGGCCACUUGCCAAGAUAAUAAAAUACUGGACGAAAAGGAGAAUCUUGAACGAUGCUGGUGCGCGCCCCUGCUUUGGCUGGAAAAAGCCUGUACGCUAA